AAGUAUUCGAUUUGGUAAAGCAAAUUGGCACAGAUGAAGAAAACAGACUUAAAACAAAGAUACUUGAAUCAAAUAAUGAAACGAAAAUUGAACACCUUGAAUCAAUAAAGAAUCAAAAUUUCAAGAAUAUAACGAAGAGAAAAACUUUAGCAAAUAUAGAGAUUAAAAGACUUUUAGCAAAAUUGGAGGCAUUUGAUUCAUCAUUAGCCAAAAACUGCUUUCAAAUUAUUAACAAUUGCGAUUGCGAUAUUGAAACUAUUGAACUGAAUAUUGAAUAUCUUAAUAACUAUAUUUAUAACCAAUUAAUUCCGAUAUUUCGAAUAAAUAGAUGUACUUCUGGCAAAGUUUUUAGGGACGAAGAAUUAACUGUAUCACAUAAUCGCGAAAUUGGUGCUGCAACACAUUUUACGAUUGAUAUGGCUAAUUCUUCAUUUCUGAAAACUUUGCCAGAA